UAUCGAUACCUUUUUAGCUGACACUUGAACAGCACUUGUUUUAUUAGAUAAUAUUGCUAAUAUUAUUAUUACCUCGACCAAGUCGCUGCCGUCAAGAUGAACCGAAUUUGCCAGAGUCUCCGCCAUCCGAGAUACCAGAUUCUCGCCACCACAGCACCGCAAUCCCUGCUCACCCGCUUUCUUGCGGCGGAUGCGGCCACCGGCGCGGCAGUGGACAAGGCGACAAUGGACAAGCUGGUGCGCACCAACAAGGUGGUCGUCUUCAUGAAGGGCAACCCACAGGCGCCACGCUGCGGCUUCAGCAAUGCGGUGGUGCAGAUUAUGCGGAUGCACGGUGUCCAGUACGAUGCCCACGAUGUGCUGCAAAACGAGUCCCUGCGACAGGGUGUCAAGGACUACACCGACUGGCCGACCAUUCCGCAGGUGUUCAUCAAUGGCGAAUUUGUCGGCGGUUGCGACAUCCUGCUGCAGAUGCACCAGAGCGGCGAUCUCAUCGAGGAGCUCAAGAAGGCGGGCAUCAUUUCGGAGCUGCUGAAAGCGGAGGAGGCUAAGCAGCAGGACGACAAGGCUAAGUGAUGAUUCAAAAAGAGCGCCCAAAGAUCAAAUUCCCUUCCUAAAUCUGUUAGUCACGCAACGUUUUUAUUAUUAAAUGUUUAACUCAUAACGAC